AUGGACACCAACCCUACACUCACCAAAAUUCGUUGCAUUUCAGUCGAAGAACUUGAUGAUGAGGAUGGUACAUCACUCAACAUUGGCCGCUAUAUUGAACCCCAGCCAAAUGCAGGCUGGGGAUUUGGCAAAGGGGAGACCAGAUUUGAAAGACGUAGAAGGGAACAACAGCAAGGUGGCGAAGAUCCAUGGGAAGAGUGGGGUUUAGCGCAGUGGAUUGUCAAAAAUCUGGGACAAACACGGACCGACAAAUUUCUAAAACUACCCAUACCAUCGUUUCACAACAAUUGUUCAUUCUUGCAAAGAAUAGACGAACUUCAACAUGGUCCGGGGUGGAGCUGUAAAAAGGUUACUGUCUGUGGUAAUCAUGAGGAUGAGGAUGGAGCGUUUUUGGAAGAAGAGGUUGAGCUGUGGACAUAUUCUGACCGUGCAGGCCAACAUAGAGUUAUUGACGAGAUGUGGACAGCAGACUGGUGGGGCAAGAAACAGAAAGCAUUGCCUGAAGGAGCGACUAUAGCUCCGAUUAUUUUGUCUUCAGACAAAAUGAUGUUGUCACAGUUCCGAGGCGAUAAGUCUGCGUGGCCUGUGUAUAUGUCUAUUGGCAAUGUCGCAAAAGCAAAAAGGCAUCAGGCUUCUUCACAUGUGACUGUACUGAUCGGAUACAUACCUGCGGUCAAGCUGGACUGCUUCACUCAUGAAGAACGGUCCCUGGCUGGAUACCGUCUCUUCCAUCACUGCAUGGCCCUCCUACUCCAUCCUCUGAUUGCCACCGGCAAUGAUGGCGUCGAGAUGGUGUGUGCUGACUCAUGGAUAUGUCGUGUAUACCCGAUUCCGGCCGCAUAUGUGGCCGAUUUCCCUGAACAGUGUUUGGUGGCCUGUUGUAAGGAAAAUCAAUGUCUGAAGUGUCUUGUGGCAGCAGAGGAGCGAGGGGAUGUGCUGGACUCAGUUAUGCGUGAUACUGAGACCACGAUGGAUGUCUUGCAAAGGCGUAAGAUCAGUCAGCAUCCGCCUGAAUUCGAGGAAAUGGGACUACAUAGCAUUUACAAGCCUUUCUGGGCCAAAAUGCCUCAUGCCGACAUCUUCCUAGUGUUCACUCCAGAUCUUUUGCACCAAGUUCAUAAAAGUGUGUUCAAGGACCACCUUGUGAGGUGGUGUCAGCAAAUAAUCGGGGAGGAAGAGAUGGACGCACGUUUCAAGGCAAUGCCAAAUUACCCAGGGCUCCGGCACUUCAAGAAAAGAAUAUCGACUGUGAAGCAAUGGACCGGAAGUGAACAUAAAGAAAUGCAGCGAGUCUUUGUAGGCUUACUCACUGGAGCAGUGCCUAGUCGGGUCUUGGUAGUUACUCGUUUGAUUCUGGACUUCGUGUAUUAUGCGCAACUGCGAAUUCACACGGUGGAUUCGCUCGAAGCCCUACAAACAGCACUAUCAGUAUUUCACGCUAACAAGGAGGUCCUCAAGGAACUGUCUAUUCAUGAACAUUUCAACAUCCCCAAACUGCACCAACUCUCUCAUUACGUCCAGUCAAUCACAUUGUUUGGUGCAGCUGAUGGUUUCAACACAGAACUUCCUGAGCGCUUGCAUAUAGACUUUGCAAAGGACGUUUACCGUGCCAGCAAUAAACGUGAUUAUGAGGAACAAAUGGUCUUGUGGCUUCAACACCAGGAAGCCGUCUUCUUGCAGGGCCGGACCAAGCAUGUUUCAAACACGUACGACUCCACAUAUGCCGAACGAUCGCAAUUGACGCAUGUCCUUGCAAAGGCUCCAGCGCAUCCACAUCAAUCGGUUCAAGACAUUGUAACAUCACAUGGUGCUACCGAUUUUUUCACAGCUCUCCAGUCUUUCAUACACAAGAAUCUCCCUGGCUGUACUGUCGUACCAGGGGUGCAGGACCAUUUGACAUUUACCGGCAAGUGGUCAUUGUGA